GGCAAUACUACAGUACCCACAAUUCCUUUCUGCCGGAACGGAAGUUGUCCUGUCGACCUUGGGUAGCUCCUGCAAGCAUGGCGAAUAAAGAGCCUAACAGGUUCCUGCAGCACCUGAGAGAUCUCGCCGGACGCAUGUCCUCUGGCUCAAGGGGUGCUGGAAUCGGACUGAAGUUAUUAAUUGGAGCUGGUGCUCUCUCUUAUGGAGUCAAAGAAGCCACAUACACGGUGGAGGGUGGUCAGCGAGCAAUUAUCUUUAACAGAAUCGGAGGAAUGCAGAUGGACACCGUCCUUUCUGAGGGUCUCCACUUCAGGAUACCAUGGUUUCAGUAUCCAAUCAUAUAUGAUAUCAGAGCCAAACCAAGGAAAAUAGCAUCUUUAACAGGAAGUAAAGACCUGCAGAUGGUGAACAUCGGUUUGCGUGUGCUGUCACGACCUGUGGCCUCCAACCUUCCCAACUUAUACCAGCAACUGGGGAAGGACUAUGAUGAGCGUGUGCUGCCAUCCAUUGUAAAUGAAGUUCUGAAGAGUGUGGUAGCCAAGUUCAAUGCCUCUCAACUAAUUACACAAAGAGCACAGGUGUCAUUACUGAUCCGGCGAGAGCUUUAUGAGCGUGCUAAGGACUUCAACAUUAUUCUUGACGAUGUGGCUAUCACAGAGCUGAGCUUCAGCAAGGAGUACACAGCAGCUGUGGAAGCCAAACAAGUUGCCCAGCAGGAGGCGCAAAGAGCUCAGUUCUUUGUGGAGAAAGCAAAACAAGAACAAAGGCAGAAGAUUAUUCAAGCUGAAGGUGAAGCCCAGGCAGCCAAAAUGUUAGGGGAGGCCGUCACGAAGAACCCUGGAUAUCUUAAACUCAGAAGAAUCAGAGCAGCGCAAAACAUUGCCAAAACGGUGGCAGCUUCACAGAAUAAAGUGUACCUGAGUGCAGAUAGUUUGGUCCUGAAUCUACAGGAUGAUGCUUUUAACAAAUUGUCACUCGGAAAGAAGUAACCCACUCAGAAUGCACUUUCAUUCCAAAUGUCAGGUUGUAUUGCCAGUAACCGUAUGUUUCCUAAAGAUGGCUGUUUGUGUCACAUGAUUUUCUGAUUGGGUCACAAAUGGAUUUGUCUGUCCAGCGAACACUCGUUAAAUAUCUAAUGGUGUAGUCCUUGUGAUUCAGAUAAUUUUGACUCCACAAAUGACUGAUUAUCAAGACAAUGCAGUUAAAUGAAGGCAACUAUGUACUGUACCAGAUUAUUUUCAUACAUUUUGUGUGUAACAGGAGACCUUUAUCUUUGACUCAUACAUUAAAUGAGCUCAAGAUUAGCUGAAACAAUAAAUCCAUCCAUUCUUUGGGAAAUUAUUAAUAUUUUUCUUGAAAUAUAAUGACUCAUGAAGUUGUAUAUGUGACAAAUAACAGCUAAAUAAAAAACUUGGUCAAAACA